AUGGCGGCGCAUGGAACGCUGGACGAGAACAUCCAGCUCACCCGCGUCUUUCGCACGCUCACGAUUGAAAUACCCGAGAAGCGACUCACGCGGAAGCUCCUCAGCCUCGAGUCCAAGAUGGCUGAGCUGCGUGCCAACGGUUCGGACGCCAACGCGUUGGAAAUGAAGCGGCUCGAUGCCAAGUGGGCGACGACGCAGAGCGAGCGGCAGCAGCUCCGAGAGGUUGCGCAACAAGAUGCGAGCCUCUUUGCACGCUCGAUUGAGCGCACGGCGCUCUUCGAGGUCUAUGAAAAGCUGGGGUACCCCAAGACAAUGACCGAAGUCGAAGAUCUGAUUUGGGAAGUCAACGACGGUCUCAACGGUGCCAUCUCCUGGAACGAGUACGAACGCAGCUUUGAGCGCUGCAAAGCCGACAAGUCGUGCUUGGAGCCGUCCGACUUGUUCUACUUGACGUGUUUCCUCAUGUACGACCGCGACGUCAACGGCAAGGUGUCGAUGGACGAUGCGAUGCACAUUCUGUUUCUCAAGCACGGCAACAACAUGGAAGACGAAAUGACCGCGCUUUUUGGCAAGAGCCACUCGGACGACUAUAUCAACGCGCUCUCGUUCCGAACGUUUGCACAAGCCAUUGACAGACGACGAAGUGAGAUCAUCGACCAUUCGGGCUUGACGAACCGACUACCUGGGAAAAAGGGGGCGUGGAAAGGACACCAGCAAUAGCGCAAACGGCACACUAUCGACGAGUACAUGAAAUGAAUGAUUGAUGGGAACAGUAGAG